CCCCUCCCAAAAAAGAAGGAGAAGAAGAAUUAAACCGGCUGAGUGAAUGUAUGGUCAUUUGGUGAUAACAAUAGAGUAGCAGUAUGUAUUUAGGUCGUGUCAGUUCGCGCUGUCCAGUAGUGUGCAUAAUGCUGUCCUUCGUGCUGUCCCGGAGUUUCUGCCAAGGUGUUACGGAGGCGAACCGGAGGUGUUACUCGACCUUUGGGUCGAUAUGUCGGACUUUUUCAACAGCGAGUCCGAAAUGCGAAGAAGCAUCAGACAAUGGUUCAGUGGUGACCUACUCAGAGCUGAAGACCAUGCUGGCAAGCCAUAACAUUCAGCUCUUUGAUGUGAGAAAUCCUGAUGAGUACCAGGCUGGACACAUUCCCCAGGCCGUCAACGUCCCACUGGACAACCUGGAGGAGUCUCUGCAGCUGUCCCCUGAGCUCUUUGAGCAAAGGUUUGAAGUGAAGGCUCCCACGAAAGCUGACGACAACAUUGUGUUUCACUGCAGAAGUGGCAUCAGGAGCACCAGCGCACUGGGCAUCGCUUAUCAGCUGGGAUUUAGCAAGGCGAGACAUUUUAAAGGAGGCUACUCAGAGUGGGUCGAGCGAGAAGGAAAGUGAAUCGGGUGAAAUCUGCACUGAAGUUCUUCAAAGUACUGUUCCUUUUAUUUAAUGCACUGUGACUGAUAUAUUUCUUAUUUUGUUCAAGAGUACUGUCAAAAGAAGUUUUUAACAGUUUUGCUGUAACUUUACUAAAAAUAUUACAAGUGUCCUUUUUAUCCUGCUUCAAGAUAUGACAUGAAUUGGCAGCUGAUGAAUGUGAAGGUUCUUUAAAUAAAACCUAUAAAAAAUUAAA